GAGCCGCCCCAGAUUUUUCAAAGAAGGCACCUCCUUCAUCAUCGUAUGUUUUAAGACCUUCCAAGUUUAGGAAGAAGCCAUCCGCACCGGCACUAACAACCUGGUGUAAUGUGCCCAGCAGGCCCGGUGUGAGUGAACCAGAGGCGUCUCUGCAACAUGACCUCCAAGGACAAUGCAGGCCCUGUUUGCAGCCUGAAGUUUGUAACUCUCCUGAUUGCUUUAAGUCCACAAGUCCUACUCCUGGAAGCUGGAGUGCAGCUUCAGAACAAUGGGUAUGAUGGAUUACUCGUUGCAAUUAAUCCUCAGGUACUGGAGAAUCAGAACCUCAUCUCAAACAUUAAGGAAAUGGUAACUGAAGCUUCAUUUUAUCUAUUUAAUGCCACCAAGAAAAGAGUGUUUUUCAGAAAUAUCAAAAUUUUAAUACCUGCCACAUGGAAAGCUAAUAAUUACACCAAAGUAAAACAAGAAUCAUAUGAAAAGGCAAAUGUUAUAGUGACUGACUGGUAUGGACCACAUGGAGACGACCCAUAUACCCUACAAUACAGAGGUUGUGGAAAAGAGGGAAAAUACAUUCAUUUCACAUCCAAUUUCCUACUAAGUGAUAACUUAAUAACUAGCUAUGGAUCACGAGGCAGAGUGUUUGUCCAUGAAUGGGCCCAUCUCCGUUGGGGUGUGUUUGAUGAAUAUAACAGUGCCAAACCUUUCUACAUAGAUGGUCAAAAUCAAAUCAAAGUAACAAGGUGUUCAUCUGACAUCACAGGCAUUUUUGUGUGUGAAAAAGGUCCUUGCCCCCAAGAAAACUGUAUUAUUAGUAAGCUUUUCAAAGAGGGAUGCAUGUUUAUCUAUAAUAGCACCCAAAAUGCGACAGCAUCAAUAAUGUUCAUGCAAAGUUUAUCUUCUGUGGUCGAUUUCUGUAAUGCAAGUACUCACAGCCAAGAAGCUCCAAACCUACAGAACCAAAUGUGUAGCCUCAGAAGUACAUGGGACGUAAUCACAGAGUCUGCUGACUUCGACUACACCUUUCCCGUGAAUGGGACGGAGCUUCCACCUCCUCCCACAGUCUCCCUUGUACAGGCUGGUGACAAAGUGGUCUGUUUAGUGCUGGAUGUGUCUAGCAAGAUGGCAGAGGCUGACAGACUUCUACAAGUGCAACAAGCAGCAGAAUUUUAUUUGAUGCAGAUUGCUGAAAUUCAUACCUUCGUGGGCAUUGUUAAUUUUAGCAGCAAAGGGGAGAUCAGAGCCCAGCUACGCCAAAUUAACACCAGUGAUGACCGGAAGCUGCUGGUUUCACAGCUGCCCACCACUGUGUCCGCCGGAGCAGAAGCCAGUGUCUGUUUGGGGCUGAAGAAGGGAUUUGAGGUGGUGGAAAAACUGAAUGGAAAAGCCUAUGGCUCAGUGAUGAUUUUAGUGACCAGUGGGGAUGACAAGCGUAUCAGCAACUGCUUCCUCACCGUCCUCAGCAGCGGCUCCACCGUGCACUCCAUCACCCUGGGUUCAUCUGCGGCCCCCGACCUGGAAGAAUUAGCACAUCUUACAGGAGGCUUAAAGUUCUUUGUUCCAGAUAAAUCAGAUUCCAAUAGCUUGAUUGACGCUUUCAGUAGAAUUUCCUCCGGAACUGGAGAUAUUUUUCAGCAACAUAUUCAGCUAGAAAGUGUGGGUGAAAAUGUUCAGCCUCACCACCAACUGAAAAACACUGUGACCAUGGAUAGUGGUGUGGGCAAUGACACUGUAUUUCUAGUUACAUGGCAGACCAGCAGGCUCCCUGAGAUUACAUUAUUUGAUCCUGAUGGAAGAAAAUACCACACAAAUAAUUUUAUCACCAAUCUAGCUCUUCGGACAGCUGGCCUCUGGAUUCCAGGAACUGCUAAGCCUGGGCUCUGGACUUACAUAGUGAACAAUACCCACCAUUCUCUGCAAGCCCUAAAAGUGACAGUGACCUCUCGUGCCUCCAGCUCAGCUGUGCCCCCAGUCACUGUGGAGGCCUUUGUGGAAAGAGACAGCACCCACUUUCCCCAUCCCGUGAUGAUCUAUGCCAGUGUGAGAAAGGGGUUUUAUCCCAUUCGUAAUGCUACUGUAACUGCCACAGUUGAGCCAGAGACCGGAGAUGCUGUCACAAUGAGACUUCUUGAUGACGGAGCAGGUGCUGAUGUUAUAAAGAAUGAUGGAAUUUACUCAAGGUACUUUUUCUCCUUUGCUGUAAAUGGUAGAUACAACCUGAAAGUGCAUGUCAGUUGCUCUCCGAGUGUAAGCACCCAGGCCUCUAUUCCAGGAAGUCAUGCGAUGUAUGUACCAGGUUACGUAACGAAUGGUAACAUUCAGAUGAAUACCCCAAGGAAAUCAGUGGGCAGAAAUGAGGAGGAGCAAAAGUGGGGCUUUAGCCGAAUAAGCUCAGGGGGCUCUUUUGCAGUGAUGGGAGUUCCAACCGGCUCCCAUCCUGACGUGUUUCCACCAUGCAAAAUUAUUGACCUGGAAGCCGUGAAAGUGGAAGAGCAGGUGACCCUAUCUUGGACAGCACCCGGAGAAGACUUUGAUCAGGGACAGGCUACAAGCUAUGAAAUAAGAAUGAGUAAAAGUCUACAGAAUAUUCAAGAUGACUUUAACAAUGCUAUUUUAGUGAAUACAUCAAAGCUAAGUCCUCAGCAAGCUGGUACCAGAGAGAUAUUUACAUUCUCACCUAAACUUCUCACAAAUGGACUUCAACAUCAACCCAGUGGAGAGACACAAAAAAGCCACAGAAUUUAUGUGGCAAUACGAGCAGUGGAUAGGAACUCCUUAAAGUCUGCUGUCUCUAACAUUGCCCAGGCAUCUCUGUCUAUCCCUCCAAAUUCUGCUCCCAUACCUGCCAGAGAUCGUCUAAUAUUGAAAGGAGUUUUAACAGCAGUGGGUUUGAUAGGACUAGUUUGCCUUAUUAUAGUUGCAACACACUAUACUUUAAAUAGGAAAAAGAGAGCAGAUAAGAAAGAGAAUGGGACAAAAUUACUAUGAACAAAUAUACAGAAUACCUUCCUUAUCUCUGUACUUUUUCCAACUACAUGGAAAAAGAUAGCAUGGUAGUCCUAAGUGAGAAGGUCAAGUUAACAUCAAAACUGUAUUAAAAUGCAUUGAGUAUUUUAUAAUACAGAUCAGAUUUUGAUAUGGUAAAUGAAUAAUGGAUUCCUUUAUAAUGGUCAUUUUACAGAGGGAAAUUAGAAAAUUCUAGACCUUGGCUAUGGAAUAAUAAUAAUAAAUUAUUCUUCAAAGUAAUACCUUUUAAAAGCAAGUCAAGGGCAAAGUUGAAUCAGAGUCAAGAAAAGCUCAUUGUAUUGAAGUGGAAAAUCAGCCCCAAGUAUAGAAAGGGGGGUUAGGUCUGAAUUAUGCAGUAAAACCAUCUAUAUGAAGUAAUUGAAGCAAUCAUUCACUUACUGUGAUUAAUUUUUCAUUUCUCCUUAUCUAUACAGAACAGGUUGCUUGUUUGCAGCUAAGAAUCAAGCUGCUUUUUUUUUUUUUUUUUGUGAAGCCCCUAUCAUAAAGUUCUUCACCUCUUGCCAUUUGGUUAAAUAUGCCACAGAUCAAAUCCACCACUAGUGCUCAAAGAUCUUUUUUUACUAUAAGACGUAACCUUAAAAAUGUGGGUAUUAUCCUUGUUUCUUCAAACUGGUUUUGUAACAAAGUGUAUUGAAUUCAUUGUUUAUAAGAUUCUACUCCCAUCAAAAUAGCUUUCUAAGUUAUUUACCAAGGGCAGGGGAUGUAGAAAGCACAGGUCAUAAGGAAAUAAAAACCAAUCUUUCAUCUCA